CCGCCCCGCCAAACCCAACAAAACAAAUUCAUUUAACAGAAAACCGCGGGGAUUUAACUGAACACUACAAACGUCAAGCAUCGGUCAAAUCAAAACUCAGUUUCUCUAGUUCAUCUUCCUUCUCCUGGACAGGAAUUUUUCGAACCAAUGAAUCCCAAACUAGGGUUAGGUUUUAUUCUUCUGCUUUUACUCUGCUACUCAAUCGAAUCAAAGUGCAGAAAAGGCUGCGAUUUGGCUCUAGCCUCCUACUACGUUUGGCAAGACGCAAACCUGACAUUCAUCGCCGAAGUUAUGCAAUCAAGCAUCUUAAAAUCAUCAGAUUUCGACACCAUCCUCCGUUACAAUCCUCAAUUGCCAAGCAAAGACAGCCUCUCAUCCUUAAUCAGGAUCAACAUCCCUUUCCCCUGCGACUGCAUCGAAGGUCAAUUCCUCGGCCACUUCUUCAACUUCAACGUCAGAUCUCAAAACACUUACACUGUCGUCGCUGAUACAUACUAUGCCAAAUUGACCACGAUCCCGUCGUUGAUGUACUUUAAUAACUACUCCGAGUUUAAUAUACCCGAUAACGGAAAACUCAAUGUGAGUGUUAAUUGUUCAUGUGGGGAUAGCUCGGUUUCUAAGGAUUACGGCCUGUUUAUGACGUACCCGCUCCAACCCAACGAUACUUUGAAUUCCAUUGCCAAUCAGACCAAUGUUACUCAGGAGUUGCUGCAGCGGUAUAAUGUUGGUUUCAAUUUUAGUCGAGGGACUGGUGUGGUUUAUAUUCCUACCAAAGGAAUAGCAGGUGGAGCUAUUGCUGGCAUAAGUAUAGCAGCAGUAGCUGUGGCACUGUUGUUGGCAGUUCUUAUUUAUGUGGGAUUUUACAGAAAGAAGAAGGAGAAGGGAGCAAUAUUGCUGUCGGCCUCUCCACAACUCUCUCCACGAAUUCUUCAUGUAACUGGCUCCAAUACACCUGUGAAUGCGACUGGGUCUCAAGGUCUUGCAGGCAUAACUGUGGACAAAUCUGUGGAAUUCUCUUAUGAAGAACUUGCUAAGGCCACUGAUGACUUUAGUUUUGCAAAUAAGAUUGGUGAAGGUGGCUUUGGGACUGUUUACUAUGCAGAACUGAGAGGCGAGAAAGCUGCAAUCAAGAAGAUGGACGUGCAAGAUUCAAAAGAAUUUUUUGCUGAGCUCAAGGUUUUAACACAUGUUCACCACCUGAACCUGGUCCGAUUAAUAGGAUAUUGUGUGGAGGGUUCUCUUUUCGUAGUUUACGAGUACAUUGAAAAUGGAAACUUAAGCCAACAUUUGCGCGGCUCUGGGAAGGAUCCAUUGACAUGGUCUACAAGAGUGCAAAUUGCCCUUGAUUCAGCUAGAGGUCUUGAAUAUAUCCAUGAGCAUACUGUCCCUGUUUAUAUUCAUCGUGAUAUUAAAUCAGCUAACAUACUGAUAGACAAGAACUUCAGGGGAAAGGUUGCAGAUUUUGGAUUAGCAAAACUAACUAAGGUUGGGAGUGCAUCUCUCCUUACACGUCUUGUGGGUACAUUUGGAUACAUGUCGCCAGAAUAUGCUCAAUAUGGUGAUGUUUCUCCAAAAUUAGAUGUUUUUGCAUUUGGAGUUGUCCUCUAUGAACUUAUUUCUGCUAAAGAAGCUAUCGUCAAGGCAAAUGAUUCUAGUGCUGAAUCAAGGGGCCUUAUUGCUUUGUUUGAGAAUGUUCUAAAUCAGCCUGAUCCUGGAGAAGAUCUUCGCAAAUUAGUUGACCCAAGGCUUGGAGAAGACUAUCCACUCGAUUCAGUUCGAAAGGUGACCCAGCUUGCCAAGGCAUGCACUCAUGAGAAUCCUCAGAUGCGGCCGAGUAUGAGAUCCAUUGUGGUUGCCUUAAUGACUCUUUCAUCAUCGACCGAGGAUUGGGAUGUUGGCUCCUUCUAUGAAAAUAAAGCUCUUGUCAAUCUGAUGUCAGGAAGAUAAAAGGCAAUGCAACGGCAUCACUCAUGUCAAAGCUUGCCUUCCAUGAAGAGCGGACGGUGACAUGACAAACUCCUCUAACAGUGAAGCCCCACGGCCCCCGAAGCAGAGUUUUGGAUUUGAGUUGGGGGAAAGAGAUGGCUUCUUGUUUGCACCUCCCUCAGCUAAUUUGAGUUGUUUUGUUAAAGGAAGUUGGAAAACUGGCUGGAUUUUCUUUGAUUAAUAUUUUACAAGAAGCCAUAGCUAGCAGAUGUAAGGUUGUAUCAUGGCAGUAUGUAAGGCGGGAAAAACUUUUUCCUGUACUUCAAUAAUUACGAUUAGGGUAGACUUGGACGUGGCAUACUAUAAAACCCAUCGACACUGUAAUUGAUUCUCUAUAGUCUAUACUGGUUACAUGACA